AUGGAGGCAAGCCAAGUAGCAGCAAUCCACACCCAACCUUUAGCACGAGAGGGGUCAAACACAGAGGAAGAAGAAGUCAACUACAUUGGAAAUUCUGCAAGACAAGAGCAUGACCCUUACUCCAAGACUUACAACCCUGGUUGGAAGAACCACCCGAACUUUGGAUGGGAAAAGCAACAAAACCAAAACCAAAAUCACAGACCGCACAAUCCAAACCAUUAUAACAACUCCACUCACCAACACCCCAACCAAAGACCAUAUCAAACCACACAAAAUAUGUAUUCACAACCACCAUAUCAAAAUCAAAAUAAUCAACCUCAACACCCCACUUCCAACCCACCAUCUAAUGACAGAUUUUCCCAAAUCGAAGAUAUGCUUAAAAACCUUUGUAGGGAGUCUGAAGAUAACAAAACAUUCAAGGAGGAAGUGAGGACUAGUAUGAAAAAUCGAGGAGAACUUAUUAAGAAGCUUGAGUCCGAAGUAGGAUACCUAUCUCAACAAAUUUCAAAGUCCACUGAUAGCUUCCCAAAUGAUACUGAGAAGAAUCCAAGAGGAGGAACACAAAAUGUGAGAUGGGAAGAAUGUAAAGCAAUAAACCUCGCAAGUGAGGAGGUUUGGAAGGAAGAAAUUAGCAAUCUUACAAAACAUAAUCAAAGAGUUUUAGAGGAGAAGAAAGAAGAGAUUGAACAAAGGACUGAUCCUGCCCAAGGGAGAGAAUCAAAAGAGAAAAAAAUCCUACAACCAUAUGUGCUACAAGCACCAUUCCCACAGAGACUCAGGGGCAGUGAGAAAGGGAAAACAUACACCAGAUUCUUGGAUGUAUUUAAGACUCUUCAUGUCAACAUUCCCUUCCUCGAAACCCUCAAACAGAUGCCUACUUGUAUUAAGUGGAUGAAGGAGUUACUAGCUAGGAAGAGCAACCUGAAGGGUGGCCAAAUAGUGGUGAUGAACACGGAAUGCAGUGCUCUCAUUCAGAAGGCAUUACCCAUAAAGAAAGGGGAUUCGAGAAGCUUUCACAUCCCCUGUGCUAUAGGAGACACCAUAAUUGAUAGAGGAUUCUGUGAUCUAGGAGCCAUCUUCACCGAUCAUCUUAGGGAGACCAUUCUUGGCUACUGGUAG